AUUUCUUUCAUAGCACAUAUUUUUCUCUGUAGUUCGCGACUGCGUAUAUAAUUCUUCUGUUUUGAGUUUUAGGAAAUUAUUAUUACUCCAACAACACACACACACACACACACACACGAAAUAUAUUACGCAUUUACGCACGCGCACACACGUUUACACAUACGCGCGGGUGCGCGCCCAAAAUCACAAUCAUCGGAAUUUGUUUGUACACAGACAUGUAACGUGAGUAUUCGGCGAUAUCGGUGAUUCGACGGAAUCGUAUACGCCAUCCAUCGGCAAUCUCGAACACCCGGAAGGUAUCGUCGCGCUUGACCGACGGCGUUUUCGAUUCAUUUUCGAAGAAUGAUCGUCUGUCUGAUCGUCGUUCCACAGUGAUCUCGUUCCCAUAGGAUUUCGUCGAUAAAUAAUGAAAAUGAGCGACGAAACGCCCGUCAGUUCUUUGGUUCUUCCAGUAUUAAUCAGGCCCAUUCUAUCUCAGUUGGAGAAACAUAAUGUUUCUGCUUCUCAAACUUUACGGUCAGCAUUGUUUAAAACAGAAAAUACUCAUCCAGGGUUCGCAUACAAUUUAGUAGCUGGUAUAAUGAAACAAGGUGAUAUUAGUAUAAAUAUGAAUGAGAGUGUUUUGAGACUUCAAGGCACGGUAUCUGAUCUAGAAGGUGGUGAAUAUCGAUUAAAUAGGUCUGAAGAUGCAUUUCAAGAAUUAAAUAAAAAGUCUAUGGCAUUAAAAAGAAUAUUAAGUCGUAUUCCAGAUGAAAUCAAUGAUCGUAAAACAUUUUUGGAAACUAUUAAAGAGAUAGCCAGUGCUAUAAAAAAAUUACUUGAUGCAGUAAAUGAAGUAUCCGCGUACAUUCCUGGACCAAGUAAUAAACAAGCAUUGGAACAGAGAAAACGAGAAUUUGUCAAGUAUUCUAAACGGUUCAGUAAUACACUUAAAGAUUACUUCAAAGAGGGGUUAGCCAACUCAGUAUUUAUUAGUGCCUUAUAUUUAAUUCAUCAAACUAACCAAAUAAUGAUAACUGUAAAAAGUAAAUGUGAAUAAAUUUAAAAAUUUUAUUUUUUAUUAACUUAUAUUAAUAAGUAAGAUAUGUAGAACAUUCCACUAUCAUCUAUUUCUUUUGAU